GACAUUUACAUAGUGUCCUGCCUACAAGGCGUGGAACUGUGUCUCCUUUGCAAAAUUAUCUCAUGAGCGAGAGAGAACGAGAGAGAGUGGGGGGGAGACCCUGAGCAUCAGCAGUGGCUCAGUCACUCCGCGAGUGACGCCGAGCAUCGCCGUUCGCAGUGAAAGCACACCAUCACCAACAACACCACCACCACCAGCAGCAGCAGCACCGCCUCGCCAGCCAGAGACGGGAGACAGACAUCACCAUGACCGCAAUGGAGGAGCAGGCAGAGACCGGCUGGAGCACUGAAUAACAUCGGCCGCCUUUAGAGGAAUAACGCCCGGUGGCGACUGUGGUCGCGGGGAAGCAACUCCGUGGUAUAUACAGCAGAGCUGUGAGAUUGACGUAGCCCCUCAAUUCCCCCUCCAUCAGGGUGCUGUGAUAAAAUGCCCCCCGCGGCUGACAUCGUGAAAGUUGCUAUUGAGUGGCCUGGUGCUAAUGCUCAGCUUAUAGAGAUGGACCAGAAAAGACCGUUGUCCUCAAUAAUACGGGAAGUAUGUGAUGGUUGGUCUUUAUCAGGCUCCGAGCAGUUUGCUCUGCGCUAUGCUGAUGGCCCUCAGCUCUACAUCACUGAGCAGAGCCGUGGUGAAAUCAAGAACGGGACCAUCCUCCGAUUGGCCAUUUCACCUGCUCGGGCUGCUCGUCAACUCCUGGAGAGGAUCCAAUCCCACGGUAUCGACGCCCGGCUGGAGGCUCUGAAAGAGCUUGCCAAGCUGUCCGCGGACCCAACCUUUGCCGCUGAGUUCAUCAAUAUGGAGGGCAUUGGGACACUUGCACGUCUUGUGGAGAGUGGCACCCACUUUGGUGAAAUGCUGGCCUUCACGCUCACUGCCUUCCUGGAGCUGAUGGAUCAUGGCAUUGUGUCCUGGGACCUUAUCUCCCUCUCCUUUAUCAAACAGAUUGCAGGCUAUGUGAACCAGCCGAUGGUGGACGUGUCCAUUCUGCAGCGAUCUCUGGCCAUCCUCGAGAGCAUGGUCCUCAACAGCCACAGCCUCUACCAUCGAGUGGCACAAGAGAUCACCGUUGGACAGCUCAUCGGGCACUUGCAAGUGUCAAACCAAGAGAUCCAAACGUACGCCAUCGCGCUAAUCAAUGCUCUUUUCCUGAAGGCACCAGAGGACAGACGGCAGGAGGAGUACACUAACCCGCUGGAGCAGCACCUCACUGAAAUGGCGAGCACUUUGGCACAGAAACACCUGCGAUCCAUCAUCCUCAAUCAUGUUAUCAGAGGAAAUCGACCAAUCAAAGCUGAAAUGGCACAUCAGCUGUAUGUGCUCCAGGUAUUGACCUUCAACCUUUUGGAAGAGCGAAUGAUGACCAAAAUGGAUCCCAAUGACCAGGCUCAGAGAGACAUCAUAUUUGAGCUGCGAAGGAUUGCUUUCGAUGGAGAAAAUGACCCCACUGGAACAGAAAAGAGAAAGGCCAUGUACACCAAGGACUAUAAGAUGCUGGGGUUCACUAACCAUGUGAAUCCGGCUAUGGACUUCACCCAGACUCCCCCGGGAAUGCUGGCUUUGGAUAACAUGCUGUACCUCGCCAAGGUUCACCAGGACACGUACAUCAGGAUUGUGUUAGAGAACAGCAGCCGCGAGGACAAGCAUGAAUGUCCCUUCGGCCGGUGUGCCAUCGAACUCACUCGAAUGCUGUGUGAGAUUCUCCAGGUCGGAGAAUUGCCUAAUGAGGGCUGCAACGACUACCACCCCAUGUUCUUCACUCAUGACCGGGCCUGGGAGGAGUUCUUCUGUGUCUGUAUCCAGCUUCUUAAUAAAACCUGGAAGGAGAUGAGGGCCACAGCUGAGGACUUCAAUAAGGUGAUGCAGGUGGUCCGUGAGCAGAUCACCAGGGCUCUGGCAAUGAAGCCAUCAUCUCUAGACCAGCUGAAGAAUAAACUGCGAGGCCUCAACUAUUCAGAGAUUCUGCGUCUGCGGCAGUCAGAGAGAAUGAGCCAGGACGACUUCCAGUCCCCCCCUAUCAUUGAGCUGCGGGAGAGGAUUCAACCGGAGAUCUUGGAGCUUAUCAAGCAGCAGCGGCUCAACCGGCUGUGUGAGGGGAGCUGUUUCCGGAAGCUGGGGAACCGCCGAAGGCAAGAGAAGUUUUGGUUCUGCAGACUCUCGCUGAAUCACAAAGUGCUGCACUACGGAGACCUCGACGAGUCACCUCAGGGUGAAGUGCCUUUUGAGCAACUAAGUGACAAGAUCCCCGUCUCUGACAUCAAGUCUGUGGUGACCGGCAAGGACUGUCCUCAUAUGAAAGAGAAAAGUGCACUGAAACAAAACAAGGAGGUGUUGGAGUUGGCUUUCUCUGUCCUCUAUGAUCCCGAUGAGACUCUCAAUUUUGUCGCACCAACCAAGUAUGAGUACUGCAUCUGGACUGACGGGCUGUGUGCGCUCCUGGGCAGAGAGAUGGGCAGCGAUCUGACACGCAGUGAUCUAGACACUCUCAUCAGCAUGGAGAUGAAGCUACGCCUCCUCGACCUUGAGAACAUCACAAUCCCGGAAGCCCCGCCCCCUGUGCCAAAAGAGCCCAGCUCUUACAACUUCACCUAUAACUACAGCUGAGAUGUGUGUCUGUGUGUGUGUGUGUGUACACUUGCAGUGCAUAUGUGUUUGUCAAGGAUGGUUAUCUUUUGAUGAAUUAAGCUGCAGAUGGUAAAAUUACUUUGAAUAUAUAAUUAUUUUUUACAUUUCAGAAGCCUAAAGACUUUUCUCAAUACUCAUUUGAGAUGCUGUAUGGUCAUAUAAUGUGUUGAUAGCUUCACAGGAAGGUCCGAGGUCAGGGUCCACUACAGAGCAGUUCCUCCUGUGACUGAAUCUCAUCUAUCAGUGCAGUCUCUGGGAUCAGCCUCCCCAUUCUUUGCUAUUGAAAGGUAUGAAGCUACCUUAAAAAUUUUUUUUUUUUAUUUGAGUCAUAUUGCGGCCUAACUGGUAAAUCAAACGGCCUCCAUGACAACAGAAGAUAUAGCGACUACCGUUCUAAGAAUACCUUUGAUUUGGUCCAUCUCUCCAUAUGAAGGAUGCUUUUAAUUUAAAAAGGAGACUGAGUAGGUCGAAGGUUUACACACUCACACACUCCUGAAAGGACAUUCAGCCAGUGUCUUGCCAAAAUCCACUUUAGUGGGAGGCAUAGUUAAUGUCAGGAGGUAUUGGACAUGACGUUUCUGGUCAAAGGAUAGACUCUCUUAUCAGGAAGCCAUCCUUGUACCAUUGUGAAGGUAUUUGACAAGCAGCUUAGUAUGGAAAAGAAAAUGUGCUAACAUUCAGCUAUAAAGAGAGCCAGAGGCACGAUUCAAAAAUUAACUCGUACAACAGCCUUGGGCUGCCACUAACAAUAAGGUUAUGGAUUAAUCAUUUGAUAUAUUAAAUAAACUAAUAAUUUCUCAAGUUAACAUAAAUGUAUUUUUUCUUCUGCCUAAUGUUCCAAAACCUCCCAACAAAAUAUGUUUUCUAUUGUGGAAGACAGAAGAAAACUAGAAAGAAAUUAUAUCUGAGAAGGUGGAUCCUUUUAAUUUUUGCAUUUUGUUAGAUAUAAGUGUUUGUUAAUAUUUUUGCAGAUGAAUUGCCUGCUCAUCAACUAAUCAAAUAAUACGCAAACUCUCAGUUGCACCCAAUUGGUCCUGAGUGCAUAUGUAUUUGUUACAGUUUCUGUUUCCUUAACAUUCAUGCUGCUUCAGAUCUUUUGACUCACUUCUCUCUCUUUGACUUACAUAUUUCAUAGCUGGUUAAAAAGUGUGAUAUAAAUAUAUGUAUCUCGUUGAAUUGAAACUGUUCAAGCAUGUUGUGUGGAGACACUGUUGACAACUCAAUGUGUCUGAGGGUGUAUUGGUGUGUGCAGAUUUGAGGUCUAGUGUAUACUGUUUAUAUUGGGAGAAAUCCAACACUUUAUAAAACACAACUUACCCUUUUUGUGUCAAUGCAUUGCCUUAUCAGUCAAAGUCACCCUAUAUUUGGGGUAAAAGUAGUAUUUAUAAGCAGUACAUUAAUGGUUUAUAACAUAACAUUAAAUAAUCGCUUAUCUUCAAGAGUUAAACGCGUGUUCAAUCAUUAACUGUUUACAUGAGACUAUAAAUGUACAGUUGGAUUGAAAACCAUUUGAAGGUGUGUUUAAAACUAGUAAGUAAAUAUGGUGCUUUAUGUUUGAAACUAUGUUAUACUGUUUUUUGAAAAAAUGAUUAACUGCUAAUACCGCAGUUAUAGAUGCUUCAAAGCGGGAUUAACACUUGCUGUUAUAAACCACUUCUAUAUACUGCUUAUAAACGCUAAAUUAGGUUUGUUUUACCAUAAUAGGUCAUAGUAGUGUGACAAGUUGGUGUUUUUUUCCAGUCAAACUUGCUUAACAUACCAAGAAUGUGCUGUAAAUCAGCAGUUUUGAGGCUUAAUUUCAGACGUUUUUGGAACACUGCCCGGGGGAACGGGACCCUAAGAGCAGCUCUGUUGGCCAGUUUUAUAAACCCAACAAGAAAAUCUAGUGCUGCUCGUGAAUCGUAUGAGCAGACAGUAUUCUGUGCUUUGUACGCAGUGAUAGAAUUUAUAGUACUACUGCUUGAUGUUGUUUUCUUAUUUUCAGAGUCUCAGUGAUUUGUGUAUUCUAUUCACUUUAGUCACUUAAUGGCCUGUUUAAACCAGUACUAAUCACUACUGUCACUUGUUAAUGCAGAAUAGAAUUAUAUUUUUGUAAAUGAUUGUACAAUCUUAUCAGCUGUGAAGAGAAUGGGUAUCGAACCAACAGUAUCGCUCUGUACAAUACACAAACAAAUGCCCAUAAUUUUCGAAGGACACACACACACAAAAGAAAGAUUUUGGUCUUCACAUUCUUUUCCCAUUUCAAACUACAAGCACCUCAUACUGUUUAGGAGUGAGACCCACUCCAGCACCCAAUGAUGAUGUCAGUGUUCAUGUAUCUUAUAAUUCUGAUGGAAAAUGCCAAUGCUGUUUGAUGUUUGUGAAAAGGAGUAUAUUUGAAGUUAGUUGUUUUUCAAAUAAUGUUUCUGUUUGUUUUCUAACUAAUGUUGGCGGUGGUUAAGGUCCCCUGGGGAGUUGUCGCUGUUCUAAAAGUCAGAUGCAGACAAACAAGGACGCUCGUGUGGUACUAGUUCCCCCUAACACUUUUACUUCACUCUUCUACCACAAUCAACAGGUGGCGGUAACUCACCAAUAAAUGCUGCAAAGCUCCUGUUAAUUAGUGUAGAUAAAUUCUGCAAGCUAAUACGUAGCUAUUAUACUAAGAUUGGUGUUAACAAUAGUAGAACAUUUUGACUCUGAGCAACAGACACUGCAAACAGGUUUUUGUUGUCAAAUUAGAAAACUCCACGGGGCUCCUUUUACUGCUCACAAAAGAUUUUUUUAUAUUCCAGUAGGAUGUCAAAUUGCAGCUAAAAUAUAUCAAUAAUGGCGCAUACAGCAGUGAGUAUAGGAUUGUUGAAUUGGAUGUACUAACAGUAUGACUUGGUACUCUUACAUGAAUUGCUAAAAUAUUAAUUUAAAUUUGCUAGUGAUCGUAAAGAAUGACAUGUUUAAGAAAUAACCGCAUAAAGUCAGAAUAUGGUUUACAUAUAGAUUGUAGUAUGUAUAUACCGUAUUGUGUUGCCUUAUUGAAGAAAAUGUAUGAUGUUUUGUGUGAAUAAAUACAGAGUCUAACUAGA